AUGACAUCUCCGUCCACCCCUUCCGCGGGCACUCCUCCCCCACCCCCAGCGCGCCCCCUCCAUGGCCGCAUCGCCGUCGUCACGGGCUCAUCAUCCCCCGUUGGCGCCGCCGUCGCCCUGGCCUUAGCCGCGCAGGGGUGCUCGCUCUUCUGCAUCGACGUGGCUCCGACGGGGCCGCGGCAGGGCCAAAACCACGGGCAAAGCAUCGGCACUAGCAAUACCACGCGCGACCGGCAGCCCGGCACGCACGAACGCAUCCGCCACAUGGGCGGCGAAGCGACGUACCACAAAGCCGACACCACGCGCGCGAGGGACAUGGACCUCGCGAUCCGGGCCUGCGUGGCGAAGUACCAUCGCGUGGAUAUCUUGGUCACUAACGCGAGUGCGAGUGCGAGUGCGAGUGCGAGUGCGUAUGCCGCCUCCACUUCAUCGCCGCCCGCGCGCCCUCUUCGGUGCCACGAAACCACAGACGAAGAUUUUGAUCGCGCACUGGCCGUCCACGCGCGCGCGCCCUUCCUCGCGUGCAAAUACGCGGUUCGUCAGAUGUUGGAUGGGCAGCCGCGGCGGUACGGGAGGGCAAGGGGCUGGAUCGUCAAUGUGGCGAGUCCGAGUCUCCAGGGGGUUGUAGCCACAGGAAGCGUGGGCGUGGGUACGGGCAUGGGGAUGAGUCCACACAUGGGCUCGCCGGGCUCGUGCGCGGGCCAAGCCGCGGCGGUGAUGCUGACCAGGCAGAUCGCUCUGGACUACGCGACGGACGCGAUCCAUUGUAAUGCUUUGUGUCCUGGGUUUGUGGAUGCUGGAUCGGGGACCUCUACGGGUGCUGGAAUUGGUUCAGGGACGCCAACGGGGAAUGCGCAUGCGCAUGCGCAUGCUCGGAGGAGCCAGACAUCAUUUCAAUCUCAACCUCACGAGGACAGGGCGGCCAUGGAGGCCGAGGAUACCGACUACACCGACGGGUCGCGGCCCAGCGAGCCCAAGCUGGGCCCUUCUCCGCCGUUUGGCGGGAGGUUGGGGACCGUGGAGGAUGUGGCGAGGGCGGCGGUAUUUCUAUGCGGCGACGACGCCGCGUGGAUCACGGGCGUGACUUUGCCGGUCGAUGGGGGAGGGUAUUUGCUGCGAUAG